AGAUGCCUAUCACCCUGUUUAACUGUUUUCAUAUUAACAUUUGACAUUGUUGUGCUUAGUGAUGAUGAGAACCAAUCUUCCUGCUACUGGAUUUUCACACAGAUCUCAGUGGGUUUUUAAUUUGACUUGGUGACCGAGUGAAUAUUGUACUGAGAAACAGCCUCAGCCUGUAACUUGCAAACAAAGUGUUCAGCUCCUCCCCCCUAAUGAAAAGAAAAGCAAAACUCUCAAAUUUCCCCACUUACUUUUCCCACCUACAGCAUUCCCAUCCCGUUAACAUUCACACUGCUCCUCUGUAUGAAAAACUAAAACAAGCAUAUAGUUUACCAGCAAUGGAGGGAACAACUGGGACGGAUGGGGAUCAAGAGGUAGACCACAAGUUGCUGAUGUCCAGCAAACCUCUGCAUCGCUUCGUCCAGAAAGAGCCCAAAUGUCUUGGGAUUGUCAUUUUGAUCUUUGGCUGUGCUGAGCUCCUGAUGGGAUUUCAGCUGGCCAGUGAAAGUGUGCACACUGCUUGUCAAAUUCCCUUCUGGCAGGGAGUUCUGUUUCUUAUCUGUGGAAUCGUGUCUAUCUACACUGAGGUACAUCCAUCCAAGAAGAUGGUGACUGUGUGUUUGGUCUCUGUUGGCUACAGGAUAUACUGCCUCACCAAGUAUAGCUACCUUAGGUACAUGGCGGGUUGGAGGGAGGACUGGUCCUUAUACAGAGUGGAGCAGCUUUUUCGCAUUGAAGGCAUAUUGUUCACUUCCUCUCUGUGUGUGUCCGUGCUUCUCAUCUUCUUGUGCACUGUCGCACGUUUAACUCUGAGAUCCACACACACUCAGGUUAUUGUCCAGCGCAUCCUGGCACCGCCGAGUGACACAACAUCAAACUAAGAUCAACCAUUUGAAGUACUGUUCUACAAUAACUUUUCCUGCAGUACAUCUACCCUGUAAGAGAAUGAUUCUGUACAGUGUAUUACAUGUUAAUGUUACACCACCUAGAGGCAGUAGCCCUGUAGCCCAGCCACAGCUUUUAGUUACCUGUGUCUGAACUACGCUUCCCUCCACAGUAUGUGUAGGCUAACUGCAGAAAGAAAUGCAUUACUGAACCACAUUUAUUUUCUUUUUGUAAAGCUUGUUCUGUAAUUUAAAGUGAUUACUGUCGUCUCGUGUGGAAAAAUAUUUACAUGCACUUAUUAAGGGAACAUCGUAACCACUAAUAUCUCUAGCAAGGCUUAUGUGUACUUCUUGUAUGAUUCAUAAACACUUAGCUAUGUUAUAUUAUGUUAUAUUAUUUUGAAUUAAAGCCUCAAGGUAGACAGGCCUUACAUACGUACCGAUACUGAUAAUCUAUCAGUCUCCAUGGUAAUGUUAUAUCACCUCAUGUUAUUAUAUAUUGUACAAACAAUAAUAUAAAGUGAUGUUAGUUAACACAUGCUUCCAUAUUUACACUAAAAUAAAUCAGAAGUACCAUUCCUUCUGUUCCACAACACCCCAACCUACAAGAAACCCAUCCAUGAAAGUUUAAUCAAAAAAUGUUUUGCCUGUCAAUUUAUAUUUAGCCUUUAACCCUUAUGUCGUCAACAUGUCUGAUCAACAUCUACGUUAUCUGCAUUGUUAUUACAAUAUGUGCAGUAUAUGGGUCAUUUACUUGCAGCUUUUGAUAAUAAAUGUGAACCUGUGUAUUGAUGUA